AUGCAUAGACAAAUUGUUGGUGAAACCGACCCGUCAGAUUUAGCCGAUUCUAAAUAUGUUAGAGAAGGCAUUUAUGAAGCCACUGAAGAGUUCUAUUUUGAUUAUAAAUGCGAACUCAAGGAAAAGUUAUUGUCUAUCAAGCCUGUCCAAGGCAGUACCAAAAUUACAGUUAACAAAGUUGGAGACAGCAAAAUUUGCAGUGUAAGAAGGAAGCAUAACGUGUUGCUUCACCCUGAUCAGCCAGAAUCCAGUACAUCGGCGUUUGACUCUGGAGACAAUAACGUUAUUUCUAAUAUAGCGACGGCUUCAGAUGCCGAAGAAGAUGAAGAAGCACAAUUAGAGACAACCAGCAGUAACGUGCUGUCGUGCUUCGCGAAAGUACGCAGUCAAGUGUUACUUGCUACAGCAUUGGUUACGUCAAGAUCAAACACUGGUACGGAAGUUACGCUUAGAUUUUUAUUAGACCAAGGAUCUCAGGUUUCGUUUAUAACGGAGUCUGCAGCUCAAACACUGGGUUUGAAGAAGGUGCCCAAUAAGAUCCAUGUAUCAGGAGUUGGAGAUGGAGACAACAAACCUGUGACCUCGACUUCCGUGGUAUUUAUCAAGGUGCAGUCAGUCUAUGAUCCCAAUUAUGUCGUGAAAGUAAAGGUGCAUGUCCUGAAGAAGUUGACAACGUUCCUUCCAUCAAGAAAGGUAAUGUACACCAAGUGGCCAGAACUGGAGACGAUGAAGUUAGCUGAUCCUGGUUUUUCGGAACCAAAUAAAAUAGAUUUAUUGCUUGGAGCCGAAGUUUAUGGACAAAUUUUAAUGGAUGGUAUAAUGAAAGGCCCAGUGGGAUCUCCAGUUGCUCAGAAUACGAAACUUGGAUGGAUACUUUCCGGCCAAGUUACCGAAAGGGUGCAGGAGGAAGUUGAAGUCAGCAGUCGCAAUACAAUGAUUAUUUCCAUGCAUGCUCACGUGAAUGAGAGUGAUUUGUUGAGGAAAUUUUGGGAACUCGAAGCAGAACCUUCUACUAUGAAGAGUAAACGAUUUCUUACUGAAGAAGAAAAAACCUACUUGAAGAAAAGAUACACGGAUGUGAUGAAGGAGUAUGAAGACUUAGGCCACAUGGAGGUCGUACCACAAAAAGAACAAAAUACAGCGAAAGCUGUAUAUUUGCCUCAUCAUGCAGUGGUGCGCGAAGAUAAGGCGACUACUAAGGUGAAGGUAGCUGAAGAAGACACGGAUUUUCAGCGUCUGUUAUGGUUUGGGGACGAUGGAAAUGUUCAGCAUUACCGAAUGUUACGAGUCACAUUCGGGACCGCUUCUGCACCUUACCUGGCUGUCCGAGCACUUCAGCAAUUAGCAUAUGAUGAAGGCGACGUAUUCCCAGCUGCAUCUACAAGAGUCUUACAAGAUUUUUAUAUGGAUGACUUGAUGACAGGGUGUGAGUCAGUUGAAGAGGGUUUAAAAGUAUACAGAGAAAUGAACGAUUUAAUGAGCAAGGGAGGAUUUGAAUUACAGAAAUGGGCAAGCAAUUGUGAAGAAUUAUUAGAAAGAGUAGGUGAAUUUAAAGCAGAAAAGGGUAUAAAAUUGGCGAAGAAAAGCAUACAGAGAGUGUUUUGA